AUAAUUAUAUUUGUAAUGACUGGUCAUCUGAAUCCGUGUACAUCUUGACACGUUUGCCCUUCUUUCCAUCACUUUGGAACCCUAAUGCAUGUAGCGGAAAGAAAAGGCAGAAAGACCUAACCUGGACUGCUAACGGCAUCUUCUGACAAAACAAAGAGUAAUAGCAAUGCCCUUUCGUAAGAACGAAAGCUCCAGGAAUCAAGAGGUACCAUUCUUAAAAGAAGAUAGACUACCUUACUUCGCAAAUAUAUGCGCUGCUGCAGAAACCCGCUACAAUAAAAACCCUCGGGACACCAAGAAUUUGUCACAAUGGGGAGAGGCUCUGAUUGGGUUGGCUGUACUCAUGAAUAACAUAGAACCACAACAACUGUUGCUUCGAGAUGCAAUUAAAAAGUUGAACGAGGCAUUAUCAAUUAAUGACAAAGUGACUGACACUCAUUUUGUGCUGGGACUUGCUUACCACAAGUAUGCAAUCUUAACUAAAGAGUAUGAUAAGGCCCUUCCAUGCUAUCAAUCUGCUCAUUACUCAUUCACUAUUGCUCACAAUCAGGAUUGGCACAAUGAAGUUUAUUCUGAGUGGAUGAGGUCGUGUCACCCGUGUCGAAGCACACACGAAUCAUGGCAUGAUAUACGUUUAAGAAUUAUGACAGGGAGACCAAUCAUUCCAACAAGUGACGAGGAACCAAUGUGUAUGAUGGAUAAGAUUGGAUGGCUAUUGCAGUGGCUAUGUUUGCUUUAGGAUUUGGGCUCCUGCUUCUUUAAUUGGGAACGUAAGGAAAUUGAACCUUGAUUAGUUAAUGUUUUUGAAAGUUGAGAACUAUGCAUAUUGGCAUUGGAGUAUUUUAUCUUUAUCUA